AUGGAAUAUGGGGUAUACUUGAAAUUUUGGAUCGGUGGCAUCUGGCUUCUCCCAGAUGAAAUUCUGAACAUCUAUCAUGGUCCCAUUGCGAUGAUGAUUCAGAAUGAAUCAUUUGGCGUUGAUAAUGGAUGGGCAUUGGGGCUGCCAGGUGGUCAGGCGCCAAGCCGAGAUCCCGUGUCUCCCAUGAAAAAGGUGGACAAAGGAGGGGGGGCGACGUUUCCCUUCCAUCAUCACUCUUCAUCCAUCAGCAACCGAUCCAUAACCAUCACAUCACCAUCAUCACAUCACCAUCGUCACAUCACCAUCAUCACAUCACAACUAUCGUCAAAAUGGACAUCAUUUCUUGCUGACCAUCUUCUUAUCCCUAUCCCCAUUCCUAUUCUUAAUCGCCACCAAUACCUACCUCACGCCAUGACAGCCACACUCGAACGCAGUGUUUCUCGGACAUCGAGCAUGUCUAUACCCAUUUCGAGUCCUAGACUCUCGCUUAUACACGAAACUACUCCCCCCAGUCUUACCGAUCCCACCCUAUCUCAUAUUCACGACCGUUUGACCCUACUUGACUCGCGCCUGCUUGAGCUACGAUCCACAAUCUUGACCAAAGAUGGCUAUGUCGACCGACGCAAUCGUGAGGACGAACAUAUUCGGCGAGAAUUCGAAGCCCAUCGCUCUAUCUCCAGUCGCAUUGACUUGAACGUUGUUGCGUUACGGACGGAUGUCGACCAACUGAAAUCGGGCAUUUUUCAACUCAAGUCGAGCAUCGGCCAAUUUGGUAAUGAUACGGUCUUCUUGCGGAGUGAUAUCGACCAUCUCUCGAAGAAUAUCGAACAGAUCCAGUCCGAUUUGAAGCAGCUUCAAACGGAUGUCUGCGGCAGCAGCGUGGAAAUCAGUAAACUUCACGUAACUAUUAGCCAGUUGCGGACCGAUCUAAUUACUCUUCAGCAUGAGACUUCCCGGCAUUUAAAUUCGGUUUUUGACCGUUUUUCUUUGAUUGAGUCUCGUAUGAAGCAUUCAGAACGCGUCCGAUUCAAUUCACUGGCGCAUACAACACAUGCCCCGAUUACUCCGGUUCCCGUCGUCGAGGUGGAUGGUACUUUGCAAUGGCCGGAGUAUUUUCCUAGGACUGUCUGGCGGUUCUGGUGUUUAAAGAAGCGAAGUCGGAUUGAUCGACUGGUGCAACUGGCCGAUUUCUACGAGCUUGGAGGAUAUCAAUACUGGGAACGAAUGCAUCAGGCUGACUCCUCAUUUGGAAGUGACAGUGACUCGAGUGACUCGAGUGACUACCCGUCCAAUUUGACGCGCGCAGAAGCCGUUCGCUUAUAUCCAGAAGCUGCCCAUCAGGCUCUAGCUGCAACCUUAGGCUUGGUUUACUACAAGAUUCGCAAUGAAGUCGGAGAGGGUCCGAAUGCCCACAUACACACCCGUCCUCCCAAGCGCCAACAGGAAGAUAUGGCCUCGGUAAACUCUGGCUUCAAGCACAAGCCGGUGAAGAUGGCCCGCCGCCCCAAUGAUUUGUCCCCUACCGCUCUCCACAAGUUGAUUACGGGGCCUUCACUGGAAUCGAAAUCCAUGGCUUCUGAAGAGUCGGACAAACUUGGGUGGAAUGCUCAUUCAGAGACCUCUGAUGAGGCAAUGAGCAAGCUUCGGGGGAUUGUAUCAGAGGAAGUGGGGGCAUUACUUCGCGCCUUAGAACGGGGGCGCAUCAAGCUGAAGCCAGGCCGGGCGGACCAGGCGAAUAUAUCGCCUACUGAAUCCAAGUCUGGAUCUCGCAAUGGCAAACUUGGUUUGGAUGGUGCCAAUGAUGAGUACGAGCGCACCCUACCAAAUACCGUUACAACGGAGAUUGUAUCUCUGUCCUCGGGAAAGACCAACAAAAUGGAAGAUCAUGAACUUCCGGAUACCGCCUCUGAUGCUACUAGUCCGUGA